GCGGAGGGGGCAGCGCGGCGCGGCGCGAAGCUGCGGGCGGCCAUGGGGAAGCUGCUGGCGGUGGCUCUCGCCGGGAUAGCGGCGGCCUUGGCGGUGGAGCGGCUGCUGGCCUUUCGGAACAGGCUCAAUGCUUCACGGGAAAUAGCCCCAGUAACCCUCCCGAACUGCCGGCUCAUUAAAGGGAUUGAAAGUGGUUCUGAAGACAUUGACAUACUUCCCAAUGGACUGGCUUUCAUCAGCUCCGGCUUGAAAUACCCAGGAAUAAAGAGCUUUGCACCAGACAAGCCAGGUGAAAUAUUUUUGAUGGAUUUGAAUGAAGACAAUCCCAGAGCAGUGGAACUGAGAAUCAGCCGAGGGUUUGAUCUGGCAUCCUUUAACCCUCAUGGAAUCAGCACCUACGUAGACAAAGAUGACACCGUGUACCUCUUUGUUGUGAACCAUCCCCAUCAGAAGAGCACAAUAGAGUUGUUUAAAUAUGUGGAAGAUGACAAUUCUCUUGUGCACCUGAAAACCAUUCGACAUGACCUUCUGACAAGCGUGAAUGAUGUGGUAGCUGUGGGACCAGACAGCUUCUAUGCUACCAAUGACCACUAUUUCUCCGACUUCGUCUUGAUGUUCUUGGAGAUGUUCUUGGGUUUAACUUGGUCAAAUGUUGUUUACUACAGUCCUAAAGAAGUGAAAGAAGUAGCAGCUGGGUUUUAUUCAGCCAAUGGAAUUAACAUUUCACCUGACAGAAAGUUCAUCUACAUUGCAGAUAUAUUUGAUCAUAAUGUCCAUGUUAUGGAAAAACAUGCAAAUUGGAGUUUAACCUAUGUGAAGAAGCUGCAGCUGGACACUCUGGUCGAUAAUUUGUCUGUUGACCCAUCCACUGGAGACAUCUGGACAGGAUGUCAUCCCAAUGGGAUGAAGCUCCUCUACUACGAUCCUGAAAAUCUGCCUGCUUCUGAGGUCCUGCGCAUCCAGAACAUCCUCUCAGAAGAGCCUGUGGUGACACGCGUCUAUGCCGACAAUGGCUCCGUGCUGCAGGGAAGCUCCGUGGCAUCCAUCUACGAGGGAAAACUGCUCAUCGGCACAGUCUUCCACAGAGCUCUCUACUGUGAGCUAUAGCUCGCUGCGGCAAGUAGCUUGGAAGCCUGUUGUCAACCUUUAAGGGUGUCCCAGCCUCGCAGUGCAGAACUGGGAGUUGAAGCUGAGCCAGCAUGCAUGAAGAUGGUACUGGGCAGGACACAGACAGCAAGCAUGCAUUCUGCAGCAAAAUCAGUGCUGGGCAGAGCUUCUACCCCUGAGCAUGAAAUCACCACUUGAUGAAACUCACCAUCAAUCAGUCUCAGUGUGGAAACAGCAAUGGAGGAAGAUGCGCCUCAAGCCUGGCCUCACAAUGACAAGGUGACCUGCACAGGGCAAAUGUGGGUUUGCAGCCUGGAGGAAAGCAUAACCCAUCAUCUUUUACGAACUGUAGAGCCUGGAGCAGUUCUGGCCAUUUCAGACACCAAACUGCAGGAAUCUGAGACCACUUUGCACACACAACGGGGACAUAUGUAUAGACAGCUCCAGGCUUAGGAAGCUGCUGAGCAGACACACUUUACAAGCCAGUCAUGGACUUAACAGCCCUUAACAUACCUAUUUUAAUUAAGAUAAUAAUUAAGGUGGUACCCAUAUUAGCAGAAUGUAAGCUUUAUGGCUCCGCUGCUGGGAAGCACAGACUGGGUUAGAGAGAUUAAGUGCAGACGAGUAUUUGGCCUAGAUUCUGCCAGAUGCAAAGCCACUGAAAUGACUACACAAAUUGGACAAUCUGUGCCCUCUGCUUUCUCCAAGUUAAUGCUUUAAUAAAAUAAAAUAAACAAAGACGUAUUAAACAUGCUUAGCAGAAGAACUGCUGUUCUUUGAACGUAUAAAAUGGCCAUUAUACCUAACCUACAUUUAAGUGUAAAACUGUAAAAUGUUUUAAUAUACCAUAACUAAUCCAGGUCUUUUGAACAGACAAACAUGGACCAGCAUCUGUGUGAAGGCAGCCUAUUUUUACUGCACACUACUUUUUAUCUGCAGAUGAAGAGAGAAGGCCAUUCCCUUUCCCUACUGUAUUGUCUUUUUUACUACUUUUUACAUAAUUACAGAUUGUAAAUGAGACCCACUUGGAGGCCUGUGAAUGGUGCCAAUUUAGCCAAGAGCUGGGAUUAAACUAAUCUUCAGCACUGAGCAGAAGGAAGGAAAGAACGAGCAGGGCAAGGUCCAUAUCCCCCUUCACCCCCCCUUAUAACCCAUGCAGCAACAGCUGUCCAGUUGUGCUCACCAGUGUUAUUUCUCCUGGUAUGCCCAGGGGCAGGAAAGUGAGGACUCAAUACAAAUUCUAAUAAAGAUUCUGGAUUUCUCAUUUUAUUGCAUUCGUUGUCUAACAACAACACUCAUUGGCAAGAAAUUUAUUUACACUAACAAAUUAACUUGAAACCACAAGGCUUUGUUGUUUGUAUUUAAACCGUAAGAAAACAAAGGGCCACCACGAUGGUUUGCUUUGAUGUGUCCCAAUAACUAAAUAUUAACCAAGGUUAUUUUGGGGAAAACGCAACAAUCUAGAGAAGUUCAUAUCAACCAAGCACAAGAGAACAAGCUCAGACAUGGCACUACUGUGUCUUCCAUGCAGAUGAUCAGACACCAAGAUGUACAAAGUUCAGGAUAACAUGCACCUCUAUACACCUGGCCUCUUUAAAAAGACAAAUGAAAAAGGAAAAUAUCUGAAGCGCAACCACUUCUUCAACCAUGUAAAAAGAAACAAUAUAAGAAGCCAUUUUUUACAGUGAGCACAGUGCAUGUGAGUCUUUUAGCUGCCUGGUCUCCUAGCAGUAUGUCUAACGCUUCAGACCAGUGAGUUACCAUUGCAAUGAGACUGGAAAAUAGGAAAGCAGUUGUUCAGAUGGAAAGUGUGUAUGGAAGAGUAUAGUCAGAAGAGAUUCACCAUGCACUCCCCACUUCCAAAUGGGCUGGUGGCUCUUUACGUCUGGUACUCUGGGAUCCCCUUUCCUUCAGGUGCUUCUGCACCGGUACCUGAACCCGCUCCACUGGUGUCAGUGGGAAAGGUCCCACUGAAAACCUGGCAGGAGGCUGAGGGUCCUGGGUUAUGUGGGUUGGACCCAGCCUCAGGAGCUGUGAGCCCUCCUCACCCCGCUCUGUAAGAAGCAACCUAACUCAGCAGACCCUAUGGCUUGUUCUUAACACAGUCCAAACUUCCCAAAGAAACAGGCAGCUCAAGGCACCACCGCCAAGCCUUGCAGCAAGAGGUGCAUUUUUUAAACCAUCACUUCAUGUCGACAGCAAAAGCACCAGUUAGUACUGCUGGUAAGUAACAGAAAACUCGUUUUAUAAUGAGGGACUGACUGGAGGGCUCAGUGUCAUGCUGAAGAUGUCACAGCUUUGAAAAAUCAGUUUUACAGGUGGAAAAAGUGCUGCAAGAUCCAUACAGGAGGUUAACAAGAGGGGCUGUGUGAUGUGCAUAUGACCCACACUCCAUUGUGGUGAAUGUGUAAGUCACCUCAGGUGUCACUCACAAUCCUGUUCAAAAACGAGCUGUCGAAAGAGCUCCAAGAGAAAUCAAAAGUUAGGGCUUCAAUUAUAAAAAAGGGUUUCCUUCCUAGAAUACUGGCACUCCAAUGAAUCAGUCCUGCCAACCUCCCACCCCCCAAAACCAGCCCAAAGCCAACACACAGGACUUGCAGAGGACCAUCCUGUGCGUGCUCUUGGCAAACCUUUAAAAUCCUCUCAUAUGCAAAAUACAUAAAACCCCACGAGUGAGCAAAACUGCCAGCACAGAGAGGGGUGAGAAAAAUCGUGAGACUGAGGGGGAGUGCUUUGCUUCUCCAAGCUUG